AUGAGUGGCAGCGGAGAGCCCGCACUUCCUUUUCUCGAUUGUACUCAUGACGGAGAGAACCAUGCCGGCCAAGGGACCCCUGCAGUCCGUACAGGUUUUCGGGCGUAAGAAAACAGCGACUGCUGUUGCCCACUGCAAAAGAGGCAAUGGGCUCAUUAAAGUUAAUGGCAGGCCACUGGAGAUCAUUGAACCUGCGACUCUUCAGUACAAACUGCUUGAGCCUGUUCUUCUCUUGGGCAAGGAACGAUUUGCUGGUGUUGACAUCAGAGUCCGUGUGAAGGGUGGUGGUCAUGUUGCACAAGUCUAUGCCAUCCGUCAGGCUAUUUCCAAGUCACUUGUGGCUUACUACCAAAAGUAUGUUGAUGAAGCCUCCAAGAAGGAAAUUAAAGACAUUCUUAUUCAGUAUGACAGAACCCUCCUUGUGGCAGAUCCUCGUCGUUGCGAGUCCAAGAAGUUUGGUGGACCUGGAGCACGUGCUCGCUACCAGAAGUCCUACCGUUAAUCAGUUUAUGUACAUCAUUCUGCAAUAAACUUGUGAAAAAUUAAAA